UUGUGUUUUUCCGUUUCACCACACGUGGGUACCGGAUAUUUAACAGUACUAUCAUGGCAGCGUGCAAUGUUGAGGCGCUGUUGGCCAAAGCUGAGCAAGAUGAGGCAGAAAAGCUAAAAAGUAUAUCCGUCCAGAAAGAGCUGGACCUGGAGUUUGACAUCGGCAACCUGCUAGCUUGUGACAGAAACCGCGUUGAGACCCGGGACUUGAGAGAGCAGAAAGAGGACUUCCUCCGCGCAUUGGCCCGCGACAACACGCAGCUGCUGGUCAAUGAAAUCUGGAAACAGCCCACGGAGAGAGUCGAGGAGGCGAUCGUGGUCAAACUACCGGACCCGGCGACCCCGCUGCCCAGAGAGAAACCUCCACCGAAGGCCAAACCUCCCACAAAAUGGGAAGAGUUCGCCAAGCUGAAGGGCAUACAGAAGAAGAAGAAGACCAACCUGGUUUGGGAUGAAACGGCGAAGGAGUGGAGGCGCCGCUGGGGCUACAAGAGGGCCAAAGAUGACACCAAAGAGUGGCUGAUCGAGGUGCCGGAGACCGCAGACCCGAAUGAGGACCAGUUCGCCAAACGCGUCAAAGCCAAGAAGGAGAGAGUGGCCAAGAAUGAGUUCAACCGGCUGAAGAACAUCGCCAGAGCGCAGAAGAUCAAAGUGCCAGGUGUGGGGCUCACCCCCGUAGCCCAGCAGUCUAAAGACGAGCUGGCCAGAGCUGUGAGUGUGGCCCGGAGCUCCACAGCCUCCGCCGGAAAGUUCCAGGACCGCCUGCCCAAAGAAAAACCACCGAGGAACACAGGCAAGAAGAGGAAGUUUCAGCCCCUCAUCGGUGACUUUUCCAGUGAGAAGCAGAAGCAGCUGGAGCUUCUGAAAAUCAUGGACAGCAAGAAGCCCAAGUUGGACAUCACCAAGGCUGUCAACAAGCAGAUGAGAGAGGAAGACAGGGAGGAGGCCGCGGCCAAAUACAAGAAAGGAGGAGCAGGGAAGAGGGGACGCAAAGGCAACAUGCCAGGAAAAGGCAAAGGGAAGGGUAUGAGAGGGAAAGGAGGGAAAGCAGCAGGAGGAGGAGGAGGUGGUGGUGGGAAGAAGAGAGGCAAACCUGGGAAGCACUGAGACCUGGAGCCUCCUGUGUCCUGCUGCUUCUGUUUGUGCCUUGGCUUCAAAGCACUGAACUGGACUUACAUGAUGCAAUAUGAAAUGACUGUGUGAUAGCUGAGAAGCUGUGACUGUCCACGAUUCCUGUCUCUUUUUCAAAUGCAUCUUUUAAGUGUCACACAUUGUGUAAAUACUGGCCAUUUGACAUGUUUAAUAUGUGUAAUAUUAAUGGAGAACACUUGGAUAAAAAGUUUACUAAAGCAAAAAUUAAAGGCAGAUGAUUGUUUC